GCACACAGACUCCCUUUCUGCGUUCUGUCCCAGUGUGUGUGUGUAUCGGCAGUCGGGAGAAUAACGUUAGAGCGGUCUGUGCCCAGACAGAGGGAAUUCGGUUAGAGCCUCGGUGAGGGCUAAAAGCAGCGUUCAGCAUCCUACAGACCGACCCGGGCUCCGUGUGGGGCCGCUGCGGCUCCGGCUCCAUGGCCUGAUCUGUACCGGCGGCGGACGGACCGGCUGCAGCUGAAGCCUUCGAGAUGCCCCGAGCGCUCUGCAGCUGCACAAUAACACCGUCACCGAUACCGGCCCGGGGACUCAGCUAUGCUUUUCAGACGGAGAGCCAGGAUGUUGCGGUUGCUGGUUUGUGGUCGGUUGGGUCCAGUGUGGAUGUGGAAGGCGCUGCUGCUCUUCGUUGCCAUUGGGUUUGCUGGCCAGCUGUUGGGGGUCAUCUUCAACAAGAGUGUGCAGUCAGCCGGUCGCUCCAUCUUUUCCUCCCCCGAUGCCCAGGGGCCCUCUCUGGGCUCCUGUCAGCCCCACACCCAUAUCAUGUUCCUCAAGACCCAUAAGACGGCCAGCAGCACCGUGCUCAACAUGCUGUACCGCUUCGGGGAUGAGCGUGACCUGCGCUUCGCCCUGCCACUGGGCUACCAGCUGGGCUACCCACUACCAUUCAACGCUCACAGGGUCAAAGGUUACAGAGGUCCCAGAGCCGUGGAGUUCCACAUCAUGGGCAAUCACAUGAGAUUUAAUAAGGCUGAGACGGAGAAGGUGAUGCCUGCAGACACGUUCUAUUUCUCCAUCAUCAGAGACCCAGUCGCUCUGGCUGAGUCCUCCUUUGCCUAUUAUAAAGAGGUCGCGCCUGCCUUUCGGAAAGCCAAAAGCUUGGGCGACUUUGCUGACGACCCUAAGAAAUACUACGACCCCCGCCUCCGCAACAACCACUACGCCCGGAACCUGUUGUGGUUUGACUUCGGCAUGGACCACAAUGCUAAUUUCUCGGAGGCACUGGCUCAGCGCGCUGAAGCCAUGAUCCGCCGCACCUUCAAGCUGAUUCUGGUGUCUGAGUACUUUGACCAGUCCAUGAUCCUGCUGAGACACGCCCUCUGCUGGCCGCUGGACGCUGUCGUCUCAUUCAGCCUCAACGCUCGGCAGCAGAAGCCCAGUGUCAUCGGGGGGAUGGGCGGGAGCUGGGUUGGCAAAGCGGUGGCGGCGGCCGGCGUCGGCGGCAGAGUGGUACGUUCCCAAGCCAAGACGCUGACCAAUGUUACGGAGGAACAGCGGGAGAAGCUGCGGCAAUGGAACGCCCUGGACUGGCACUUAUAUAAGUCCUUCAACCGGACCUUCUGGGGGGAAAUCAAUAGGUUCGGUCACGCCCAGAUGGAGCAGGAAGUAGCUCUUCUCAGGACGCGGCGGGAAGAUCUGGCUCGGGUUUGUCUCAGGGAUGGCGGAAAGCCUGUAGAGUCGCACCGGAUCCGAGACAAAAACAUCCGCCCGUACCAGAGCGGAUUGGUGAAAAUUCUCGGUUACGAGCUCCAGCUGGGGCUGGACAACGCCACCAGGAUGGCCUGUCUGAGCAUGAUCAGGCCUGAGAUCCAGUACAAAGACGUGCUGGAUGCUAAACAGUUCCCACGGGCUCCGGCGGCCCAGCCAGGCCAACCGAACCAGGGCCCGAUGGUAGCGGCAGGUGGAUCUCUUUCAAGACAAGACUCGUCCAGGACAGGAGAGAGGCCGGUAGGGGGAGAGGCUGGGGGGAGGACGGUGGAGGAGGGGGAGAGGGACUGGGAUGGGAGCCGCUUAAUGAGGAGGAACCUGACUUUAAUACGAGGGCAAGAAAAAGGAAGAUGAGGUUUGAGGUGAGUCUCGUUCCCAAAUAUAAUGGUACCUUUUGGUCUUUGGACAUAUGGACUAAUGAAACUGAAAACUGAGCCAAGUGUGGUUUAUACAUGAGAAAACAAAAAGCUCCUCCUUUGUACUUCCACUUUUUGGUUGUUUGCUUGUUUUCUUGAAAGCCGUCUUUGCUUUUACUUGGUGUCAUUCUCGUGGACUUGACCCUUGACCGCUGAGAGCCUGGGAUGCUUUCAUGGCAUGCGGUAACAAGUUGAAGGAAGAAAAGUGAAAGGACCACUUUGUUUUUUGUAAGGAGAGGCACUCUAAAAGUGGUGGCAGGUACCUUCUGCGAAGCUGUUUGUAUUCCCUGUUCAUAUUAAUACUUUUAAGAGUUAGGAUGUUCACGUUGUCCUCGGUGCACAUGCUUGAAACUUCUCAACGUAAAAGGUACAUUUAGCCCCAGUUUUUGCCUCUCAUGCUGUACCGUUACAUUGAGUCACUGAGCUAAGCACCUGUUUUCUCUCCAAGACAAACACAAGCUAUUUAAAAACCUUUUUUCCCAGAAUCCUCAAAGACUCUUUCUGCAAUCUGGCUGAAAAAACAUUCUGCUUGCUGCAUGAUGAAGAUGAUGUUUCCAAAGACUGUAUUUAUGAAUCAAAACAAAGACCGUAGCUGGAAAUGUCAUAUUUCACUUCUCAAUGUAAAUUUACAAAUUUAAAUUAUUUAUUGUCAGUCAUACAAUAUAUGUUCCUUUCAAUUAUUUUAGAUUUUCAUAGCAUAUUACGCAUUUAUGUUGUAUAUCAUGUACAAAACGAGCAAGGAGAUAUGUUAUUUCCCCCUACCUGAAUAAGGAAACUUUCUUUUAUCGUGCAGUGGAUAGAUUGUUUUUUCAUUCAAGGUCUUUGUGACAAUUCUAAAUGUUUUUCAAAGAUUGCUGGGUAUUUUUCAGAAAGCUGCACGCUUAGAUCUGUGACUACAAACUGGGGUUAACGUAUUUAUACAACACUAGUUUUCCUUUGCUGAUAUGAUUCAUAAAGUCAGUACAUGAUGUUCCUAUUCCUCUCCUGAAAAACGCUUUCAGUAGUCAGUAUUGAGCCUGUGUAGAACCACUAACGGAAAACCGCCUGAGGCCUGUGCUUCAGUUCUGAAUGCUUGAAUCUCAGCGGCCUGCAGGAGGCUGGUUAAUGUCAGCAUUUGGGCACAUUCCUUCCUUUCACUAUCUGCUGAUCUGUCGACACAUACGGUAACAUUACCAUGGAGUUCCAUUCCUUUGUCAUAAUGCCAGGUAUUCAAAAUGAAAUGAGUGUGGGCCAAAAUAUAUCUCAAGACAGCUGCAUGCUAAAGAUGCACAACCUGAUUCUAAUAAUGACCUCAACUCCCCCAGAAUUCCUUCCAAGUAAACUUUGAAUAAUGGGCCUGCAGGAAUUUGGGGAAUUUUAGGUUGCUGUAUGGUCAGACAGCUCACUAACAUACACCCUAAGUAACUUAAAAAACAAUAAAAAGUAGAAUACGACCAACAAAAUGGGCAAUACAUAAAAAGAAAUCCCUAAACAUUAUGACAAAAACACAACUCAUAUCUCCGCAAAGAAGCAUUUGGGCACAAAACAGCUUUGCUUUUGUCAAAUGGCCUGUGAUAGCGUCCUGUAACAAAUGAGACCAUGGUCAAAAUGAUGGGUAUAACUAUCUCAGACUGAUGAUGACGUUCGUCCUAAUGUUGCAGCUGUUUACCUCAGUGUUUUAAAACGUGGAGCAUGUCACAUUCAUAGACUGCAAAAUGAGUGGACGCAGCAGCCGUGAUGUCAUUGGUUUGUGGACUGACAUUUUGAAGCCUUCAAGACUUCUUUUUGCAACCAGUGGAGUCGCCCCCUGCUGGAAGUGAGAAGGAAUGCGGCUUUAAGGCACUUUCCCAUUGGCUUCACUUUUCAGACUAGGUCCAUUAUUUUUACAGUCUAUGAUCACAUUACUGUUACAGCCUGGUCUUGGGACUUGUUAAUUGUCAUUGACAUGCUACUCCAUUAAGAGUCAAAUGUUACAACAUACCUAGCGAAAAAAAAAAAACCUCUUUACUCCUCUGUCAGGGACGAGUUCUCACGUGACAGUCUUGUGAAUAUACAGUCAAGUCAACACAGAAUUCCUACAUUGUUACAUAAAUGUACGUGUGUGUGCUCGCUGACAUCGUCUGACUGGUUUUUCUAAACGGCUCUUGUUGAGAACCGUGACCCUCACCUUGGCACAAAAUGGAAAUAAUCGUUAGUUGCAGCCCUAGUUGCUUCUUUAACUUUACUUGUAGUGUUUUCAGCUGACAUUAGUGACACUGUGGCAGACAGCAGCGCCCCAGUCAGUGCACUCAGCGGUACGAGUCUUAGAACACUUGACCAUCCGAUUGCGACCUCUUUUUUGGUUCCUGUACGCCUUUUCUCAGUUUCUGGAUUUUGUUGACUAUUUGGUCAGCGUUUCUGUCGUACUCCGCUGUAGCCAUCUCACGCUGUAUUUGUUCAAACAGUAACACUGGUUUCGUACUUGAAGUUCAGUCGAGUUUAUUCUCAAGUGGAGGACCACAAUGCGACCAUCUGUUAAAUUUAGAAAAAGAUCAAUUUCUCCAUUUGUUCAUCUCACUUCAAUUUUAUUGCAGCAAAAUGGUCAAGCAGACAAACUGACCAACACUGUCACUGUCAUAAAUGUAUGCACCUGACAAACUGAACAGCCUAGUCCACCUCAAUUAAAUGCAAACAGGUAUGCACUGCUGUGCUAUGCAUUACAGAUACCGUAUUGCCACGGAAGAUAUUGCAAUACUAUGCUGUAUCGACCCCCCACCUUUUUCUUUCUGAGUCGGCCCUUUAUUUAAAAGCAUACAAAACAUAAAUAGAAACAUUUUAAAGUUGACUUUACUGAUUUAGGCAGUGGGCAGCCACUACUUGUGUUAGCUAACCUGGUUGUCAUGUGGUGUGUAAAGGAAAACAGAGCAUACAGGAAACCCAUGGCAGCGCCGGCUGUGGGACUGUCUGUGUAUAAGCAGUCAGAGCACUUCAAAGUGACUCAUGUGUCUGCUGUGGUUUCCACUUACUGAUGUCAGUCAAUGCAACACCACACAGUCUUUCCUGUGCUGAAAAACAGCAACGUGAACCAUUUAGCCACCAUGGUCUCAUUUGUGUCAUGCCAUGCAGUCAAGCCAUUUGAGAACGAUAUUUAGAGAUGGAUAUUUUGCAGGUAUGGGGGUCCAGAAAAGAGCCAUUACGAGCCAUGUAGUUUUUGCUUACAGUAUGGCUGUAUGCCAGAUCACAAUAUUCAGUAUGGUUUAUUCAUAUUUUGGCACUGUUCUCUGUUUUAGUGAAUAAUUGCGUUGACACCUAGCCUGUCUUGGAUCAGAUGUUACAGUUUGGAGCUGCGGCCGAACUGAGAAUUCAAUUAGAGAGCUGAUAUCUGAAAGUAAUACCCACCCUAUGACCAAUCACAAUUGAGUAUUCUCCAUGGCCAUAGAGACAGAGCGCAUUUAAGUCCCGCCCCCCACACCGGAGAGGAAAACAACUCUCCACUCUCCAUUGACUUGAAGGUGCCACCUCAACUCCGUCUGCUAGCAAACAACACAAAAAUGCCUAAAAGCUCCUGGGUGGUGUGACGAACUACCAACAUAGUAAAGAACCCAUUAACUUAAGUUUUUAUAAGCUGCCGAACCGAAAAACUGAGCUUUUAUGAAGACAAAAGUGGAUGGAGACAUGAGGAAUGAGCAGGGAGAAUGGGAAGGCACUAAGUUAACGUUAUGCCCCACUUUACAGCACUUUGUUACCAAGUCAAAUAUCCAAAUGCUAAAAAAUAAGAAAGCUAUGCAAUAUUAUGUUUGCAAGUGCCUUAGCUUGCUAACACAUAGCUAACAUAUUACAUUCAGUAUUGAACACAACAAGCAUAACUGUUAACACAUUUUCUUUGUGCACGUUGUGUAAGAACAUAUUUGCCAUAUAAAGUAUAAAAAAAGUGUUGGAAAAGGACUUGACAACUUGUUAGAAAACUUUGGGAACAUUGUGAAAAGUUGCCACCAAGCUAAACCCACUGUCACUCCACAAGAUUUAUAGUGCGUUCCAUUUGUCUCGGAACUCUGAAGCCGGAGCUGGGAAUGACGUCACACCCGAGUUGAAUGCGUUCCAUUUAACAAGUCAAAUUUUUCAUUGUGGGCCAGGUUAGCCAUCGUUAACAAUACCAGUUGCUAACAACGCAUUUUGCUGUUUUUGUGCAUACAAACAGCGUAGCAACAUGUCCACAGAUAGAAGUUGGACAGGACUGUGUGUACGACUGGUUUAGUGAGACACAAAUAAGACAGAAGUGCUUAUAACUGUAUGUUGCUACAGCUGUCACUACUGUUGAUGCCAUGUUGGGUUUUGAACUCGGGGUUGUCAGAGUUCCGAGCUCGAAAAUUCGACUUCCGAGUACAAAUGGAACGCACUAUUAAACUCCCGAAGCACAUGAAUCAGCUGCACGUAUGGAAUGAAGGUCUGGAAACUGGGAUUGUGUGUCUCCAACUUUGAACAUUUGACUGACUGAUGCUAAUAUUCCCAAACAAAGAGUACUUUCACAGAGAAGCAGUGUGUACUCUCUGUGCUGUGCAGUGUGAACAGUGUCACCUUACAGCAGUCGGCCCUCAGGGGGGAUUGGCUGUACUGCUUUGUGUGUUAUGGCUGCCUCCUCUGUUUCCCUCAGUGAAUAGGAGAUUGUUAAUCAGCUUAACAGUCACUUAGUUUAGCAAUGAGUCAAAAGGGUUCAUAAAGAAUUAACCAAGAUUUAAAAUUAAAGGGACAUACCCGUGUUUAUUCAUGUCCCCUCCUUCCAGGCAAACAUCGGUUUAUAUUUAUUUCUCUAUAAUCUGAAACUCAACUUGUUAAUAAAAUGUGCUUUAGUUACAUAAUCCAUCAUUACAGUGACCUUUAUAUGGAAUAUGGAGCCUAAACAAUAGCUAACCCUGAUCCAAGACCAUCACAGGCAACGCAUUCUCAUGAACGUAUUCUGAUGAUAACGUAGGAACACUUAUGCACAGCAGUUCGUGUGAUAGCCUAUGGAAGUAGGCGAUCGCCGGCUGGUCGCAUGACAGUUAAGUUUAGCGGUCUUUACAGUUAAAUUUAGCCGAGGAAAGGUUAAUGGGAGUCAGGUACCGGUCACUGUGAGAAUGCGGUCGCUUCAGGGGCCGCUAUAGUUGAGUUCACCGUCAUGCGGUAACGACAAUUAAGUUGGGGCACCAAAACGACUAGUUAGGAUUGGAAAAAUGAUUGUGGUUUGGGUUAAAACACCGGUCCCCUUAAGUCAGGGGUGUCAAACUAAACUUCACUAAGGGACACAUUGAAAAAUGAGUCACAUCAAGGGCCACACAUGUAUAUUUUACUGAAAAGAUUUUAUUAAUCAAAGUCAAAUAUUUUUGACUGUAUUAUUGCAUGUCUCAUAUAGCCUUCUCACAUACAAUGUGAGCCCUAAAAAGUCAGCAAAAGUUUAGCAAAUCAAGCAAAACAAGGCCUUUCACAGAGUCUCAAAGUCGGCGAAUCGGCCCAAAUUCUGCUUUGAGUCUCGCGUAGUUGCAGUAUGAAAGCAGUUUCCCGUCUUUUUGGUUUGGCGCACAACUAGACGGGCCAAAUUUAUUGGGAACCUUAAUUGAUAUACAGGCUGGAUCAAAAUCUGUGAGGGGCUGGAUUGGGCCUGUGAGCCUUGAGUUUGACACGUGUGCCUUAAGUAGUAGUCCCGGGACACAAACACGCGUUUCCUGGGUGAAAGUCUUGUGUGUUCCCCGAGAGGCAAACUCCACUCCCCCGCUUGAAAGCCCUGUGUUUUAGGACCCAUCCAUCCACCCUAACCCCCUCCUUAAGCAGACCAGACUAGUCUUAAGCCCCUGACACACCAACCCGAUGGCUGACCGUCGGCAGAAAAGGCAGUCGGACUGAUCGGUCGGCUCCCUGAGGUCCAAAAAGUGCCUCGGAACACACCGAAGCGACGCCGUCUUGAGCGUACGUUCUGCACGUGCGCGAGACGUAAUACAAAGCAGCUUGUUCGAAAUACGAUCUUGUAUUUUACAAAAAUAGUUCCUGAAAACAUUUUAUGCGAGAAAUAGGCCAUGCAGUUGUUGAAUCUGUCUUCAUUUCAGAUCGCCAAAGGUCAGUUUAAAAGAUUUUCGUUCAAUUUUUUCGUCACUCAUCCCGCUCGUUAUUUCCAGGUUAGCACUGUGAGUCCGACUGCCCGCCCUCCGACCCAGCAAGUCAGGUUGGCCAAAAUGAAGGCCGACGGCCCCUCCGACGGACUACGGCACGGACCACACCAAACUGACUCGAGUCACUGACCUCGCGAGACUGUCCCAGGGCCGAUUAUUGGGUUGGUGUGUCAGGCCCCGGCCUCCAAAUGGCAUCCUACAGACAAAAGAAAACUUUAAAUUCACACUAUAAUCAUUUUAGUUUUUUUUUAAAUGUUAAUAUUUUCCAAUGAAAAUGAGAAUAUUGAUACAAAAAAAUGUAUACAAUUAAAUAAAAUUAAUCAUAUCGCAAUCGCAAUAUCAGUUAAAAAUAAUGUCAAUUAGAUAUUUCCCUCAUAUCCUGCAGCCCUACUCUUAUAGCAUUAUUUUUUAAUUAGAUCAUUGUGCCUACUACAUAACAUAACAUUACAUUUUCCUCUAGUGCCACCAUCAGGUCAAACUCUGUAUGUUCAGCUCCACACUGGCUCUAAGAAGUGCUAGGUCUGAGGCUUAUGGUGUUUUUCCAUGACAUGGUACCUGCUCGACUCGCCUUUUUUGGUUUUUCAUUACGAAAAAAAGUCCCUGGUACCUUCUAACAGGUACUUUUUUAGUAUCACCUCAGUCGAGGUUCAAACCGAGCUGAGGCGAUACCAAAAGGUGACAUGUCGCAUUAGGUCAUGGCAGUUUCCUGCGGCGGCGCUGUGACGACCAGCCGCGCUCGCCUCAUGUACGAGGCGGUACUAAAUCUGCAGUGGGAAAAAAGAGGACUACGUUCUAGUCGAGCCAAGUCGAGUCGAGCAGGUAUCAUGUAAUGGAAAAACGCCAUUAGACUGUAGAAAGACCUGAGGUAGGAUAUCAUUUUUACUGGGAUGAUAUAAAAUAUCAAAACAGGGGCCCCACGUGCUUGUAUUACAAUGAAGAACUGGACCAAAUCCAGCACACGUUUGCUGUUCUGGGCCACCACUGUUAAAGGGUAACUACUGUUUUUUUUUCAACCUGGACCCUAUUUUCCUAUGUUUGUUGUCUGUAGGGAUCCUUUACAUAAUGUUGUCAGACACGUGGCAAAGAAAAUACACUUUUAGUUGACCAAAUUUGCCCCAUUGGGUUACGUCACAGCCCGGUCUGUGGCUGCUGGUUAUGCUUAAUCGUGGACCAAUUUCAAAGACUGUUGUUCCUAUUAGUCUCUUCACUUUCACACAAAAACAUAGGACAAUAGGGUCCAGGUUGAAAAAAAAAAAAGGUAGUUACCCUUUAAUGAACACUAAUGCACAGAACACUUGCAGAUGCAGAAACACACUGGGACUGGUUCCACGCUUUAGGAUUAGGAUGCAGCCACAUGAUGAACCAGGGCUUUGGAACAUUGUCCUCCAGUAUUUAUUAUUCAAAUUGCCAUUUGUACAUACUGUAUUUAUCAGGGUUCGUUAGCGAUGCCGCCGGGGAAGGUACGACAGGAUUUAUUAUUGAUGUUGAUGAGAGAAAACGUGGAAUCUGCGCACACUCAUGCAUUAACGUUCAGUCAGUGUCGAAACACUGACGACCAUCGCCACUCCAUAAUUAUGUCCGCGUCAUAAUAAUUCAGCGUUACCAUGUAUUCGCUCGAGGAUUAGCAUGAUUAUACGGUUACAUCGUUACUUCAGAUGCGGUUUUAUCUGAAGACCACGCGUGUCGAUCUCCAGAUAAUGCUUCGAAAUGAUCAGUAAACACAGCCGCGCAAUGACCUCGGGAUUACGAGACAGGGAUUAAAAAGUAUCUUUCAUCUAAUCUGAGAGAUAAUUCCGAUACGUUUUCUCUUUGAUAGAAGAGUUCUCUUGUAGUAUAAGAUUGUUACGUCACAAUUAAAGACACAGAGGUCGUAAGGAUUCAUUUCUGUCGGUGAGUGCAAUGCGAGUGUGAGUAACGAUUAUUUAACACGAUUUCUCAUCGACUUUUGGAAAGAUGUUGCAAUUAUUGAAUGAAACACCCUGAACUGUGACAUUUCCCUUCAUGCUUUGAACUUUUUGUUUUUCUCAUUCAGAACACGAGACAAAAUAGGAGUUUACUUGCAAAAUGUAACAUGCAAAAUAACCGUUUUUAUUUGUCGAUUUCUCACUCUUUGCGAUUGUUAGGAGGCGGAGGCGGAAUCGGAAUCGUGGUUCAAAAAAAAUUGGAUCAAUUGCACAGCCGUAGCACAAUGUGCUUCCAUACACACACUGUGUACACACACCCCGACUCACACUCCCAGUUACACAAACACCCUCUCUGGCGAUAGGUAGCAGAGAGUCAAAUGAAAGUUAAAAAAUGAGCUUGAUUUUCAUGCCUGCCUUCACACUAUCAUCACACAUAACAUUCUGUUUUUUUGUUUUUGUUUUUUUUCUCCACGAGAAAUCUGAUAAAAUAGUUUUCACUGAUACAGUACUGUGACCUAUUUCCUAGCUAUUACAGGUUUUUCAUAUGUGAACAUGUUAUGUUAUAGAGUGUCAGAAUGUGUAUAAGAAUGAAAGGUACGUCUUGUGUCAAGCCUCUUUUAAUCUCAGUUUUCAGAGUAGGGAAUGAGCAGAAGCUCUCGGUACACAGCGCGUUUCAUCUAUUAUCGCUUUAUUUUGAACAGCUUCCAUCUCGGUUUUUAAUAUUCCCACGACGCUGGGUUAUUACCGACAAUGACAGGAAACACUUUAUUGAUCGGAUAUUCCUUUAAGCUGUUCCUACAGAAAGCAACAGUGUACUUUGACUUGGGUCUUACUUGAAAAUACUUUUUGGUUGUACUAGAUCAAGCUCUUUGUGUGCAUCUGUUGAGUUGUUUAUUCUUUCUUGAACUGAAUAAAAAGCAACAUUUCUUUAACUUCA